CCAAAUAAAAAUUCUCAGCAAAAAAGCUCACCCUCGGUAAAAUGCCUCAAUCUCUCCGAUAAAAUUGAAAAUAAAAAAUUGUCGAGCCCAGUCCCCUCCCCCGCCCCGACGAAUGUCGAUCCCCCCCUCCCCCCGGUUGUCCUCGUAUUAUGAAAAAAACGAGUAAACACCGUGCGGGUGUGGGUACUAUAACAUCAGUGUGCCUGUCCGAGGGCAAAUCGGACAGAGCGUCCCCCCAGGAUCACCUGUCGCCCUACUACAUGAAAGAGCAGGACAUCCCCGAGUACUUGGAGGGCUGCGGUCUGACGACCUGUUCCUCGGCAAGCGAAAUGCCGGAGUCAGUGGUGGAGGUCCUCACCAAGGACCCCCACAAGGAGAAGAAGCUGUCGACAGCGUCGAUAGGCCCGUCAGGUGACACAAAAAAAACGGUGACAGUUAAGCAUCCAGAGUCCAACAAGCCGAAGCCCACAGCGAAGAAGUGCAAGCCCAUUCAGGCGGACCUGGACGUCGCCAAGGAGUUCAUCAGGUGUCGGGACGAGUGCGUGACACGACUGGACCUCAGCAAGUCGAGCAUCACAAAUCUGCCGGGUUCAGUUCGAGAGCUGACGAAUUUACAGGAAUUCUAUCUCUACGGGAAUAAAUUGGUGACACUCCCAGUGGAGAUUGGCUUCCUGACGAACCUGAAGACCCUGGCGCUCAGUGAGAACUCGCUGACGAGCCUGCCGGACUCCCUGGAGAACCUGCGCUCCCUGAAGGUCCUGGACCUGAGGCACAACAAGCUGAACGAGAUACCGGAGGUCGUUUACAAGCUCACCGCCCUCACCACCCUGUUCCUGCGGUUCAACCGGGUGAGGUACGUCUGCGACAAUAUCCGAAAUUUGACGAACCUCACGAUGCUGAGCCUCAGGGAGAACAAGAUCAAGUCCCUCCCCGCGGGGAUCGGCAAGCUCGUUAACCUCAUAACUUUCGACGUUUCCCACAACCACCUGGAGCACCUCCCCGAGGAGAUAGGCAACUGCGUCCAGCUGUCGACGCUGGACCUCCAGCACAACGAGCUGCUGGACAUUCCAGAGACAAUCGGCAAUCUCGUGGCGGUGACGAGGCUGGGGCUCAGGUACAACAGGCUGUCUUGCAUUCCCAAGUCAUUGGCCAACUGCAAGCUGAUGGAUGAGUUCAGCGUCGAGGGGAAUCAGGUCUCGGUGCUGCCUGAGGGGCUGCUCUCCUCACUCUCAGACCUGACGACUAUCACCCUCUCCAGAAACUCAUUCUCCGCUUACCCCUCGGGGGGGCCCUCCCAGUUCACCAAUGUCGACUCGCUGAAUAUGGAGCACAAUCAGAUCGACAAAAUCCCCUACGGCAUUUUCUCGAGGGCCAAGAACCUCACCAAGCUCAAUAUGAAGGAGAAUCAGCUGACUGCUCUACCCCUCGACAUUGGCACCUGGGUUAACAUGGUCGAGCUCAACCUCGGGACUAACCAGCUCACAAAAAUUCCGGACGACAUUCAGUGUCUUCAGAACCUCGAGAUUCUCAUACUUUCCAACAAUCUACUCAAGCGGAUACCAGCGAGCAUCGGCAGCCUCAGGAAGCUCAGGGUUCUGGAUCUCGAGGAGAACAAGAUCGAGUCGUUGCCGAAUGAAAUUGGCUUUCUGAGGGAUCUCCAGAAGCUCAUUCUCCAGUCAAAUCAGGUCACCUCACUGCCACGCGCCAUUGGGCAUCUGUUGAAUCUGACGCAUUUGAGUGUCGGUGAGAAUAAUCUCAAUUAUCUGCCCGAGGAGAUUGGCACACUCGAGAAUCUCGACUCACUCUACGUUAAUGAUAACGCUAAUCUGCACAAUUUGCCGUUUGAACUGGCACUUUGUACGAAUUUGAGUAUUAUGAGCAUUGAGAAUUGUCCGCUGUCCAAGAUACCUCCGGAAAUUGUUGCUGGGGGUCCGUCCUUUGUUAUUCAGUUUCUUAAGAUGCAGGGGCCCUACAGGUCUAUGUAAUAAAGGGAGGACUUCGAGGAGAAUGGGACACGCGGCUGCAGGUGGAUUGCCAUGAGGUGUUGCGGGAUUGUCACCGAGUUUUGGGGGACGUUCUGCAAGAGGAGGGCGAGGGACAAGGACUCCGUGUCCGUGGUAGAGCUGUGAUUCUUCCUCGAAGCCUUUAUCACGAGCAGUUUUUUUAUUCAAUAGAGGGGCAAUUUUUUGUUUGUGCUAACUGUGGACGCAGUCGUGGGGUUGUCAGGUGCAGGUGCAGUAUGCGUUAAUUCUCACGAUUUUCAGAUUACACUCGAUCUCAGGAUUCAUUAGCCAGAAUGUUUUUUUUUCCUGGUGCGAUCGGUAUUUUGGGCUCUAGGGGAAAUUUUUAUCGGGUAAAUGCUCCUAAAAACAGGAAUUCCCAGAAAAUUUAGAAAAAAAUAUCAUGUCACUUCGUGAGGUGAAGUCACAGCAAUUUUAAUGAAAUAAUUGAGGGGCAGAAUGGGACAGUCUUUGUCGAGAAAAAAUUUUUUUUGAACAUUUGACGAGUUGUUUGUGCAUACAACAAAUUUUUAUCCAUCUUGCCCUUCGUCGAAUUGCAAUUGCAAUGAUGAGAAACAAUUUUCCCAGGGAACAAUUUUUCGGGAUGACGACAAAUUGGUCAAAUUAAAAUGGAAAGAAAACAUCUGGCUUUUAAUGAAAAAUAUAAUCAACUUUUUAUCGAAGGACUGUGGUUUUAAAUAAUAAACUCCUCUCAUGGUGCCAAGUACGUGUUUCAAUGUGAGAAAUGAUUUUCAAUUGAUUAAAAUCAUCGAGCCAUCAGCACCGUCCUGCGUGAAACGCAGUUAUCUGUAGAAAUAUUAACUUCACUUAUCUCUCAUCAAUUGGAAGAGAUUCGAUUAGAAUAUCAAUCAUCGAGAAUUCUCCAAUCCUCGUGGAUUCUUUUUGUCAUUUUGUUGCACCUCUGGAGCUUUCUAUCAAUUCUUCACAACUGUACAACAAGAUUCUGCCGAAAUACAACAAUUACGCGUUAUUAUACGUUUUCGUGUGUUCAAGUGAACUUUUCGUUUAUUUGGAUAAUCGACGCAAAUUAAUAUUCCCUUCAUGAGAAACGUAGUCUACAUCGUGGCGCAGAUCGGAGAUGCAAGUAAAUUAUGUCAAUGUUACAUCAUAUUAAGGAUUAGAAUAAUGAAUUGAUGCACGGAGGCAACUAUUGACAGCAAUUGAAUAGUGAGAUUAAUUCAAAAAAUAUCACGGAAUUCAAGGGAUGAGGGACUCUUUGAAUAAUUUGAUGAGAAAAUGGAGAAAUAAAAAAUACAAUUGAAAUAACUAAAUAACACUAGCCGUUACACUAGCUUCAAGACAAAUAUUUUGUUAUACGAUGAUGCAAGCCAUUUUUCUAUAUGUACCUGCAUUUUAAAUAAAUCGUUGAUCACGCUGAAAUAAAUGAAAAGGUGAAGAAAAAAUCGUAAUUAAAAUUGUUGACUAAAACGAGCCUUACCUUCUAAAGUUAGGAGAUAUUGAGAUGGAGAAACUUAAAAUGGAGGAGAAAUAUAUUAUAGAUAUAUAUAUAUAAUGAGAGUGAGAUAUUAUGGAAGAGAAUGAGACGGGAAAAAUGUGUCGAGGUUUAGGGGAGGAUAGGGCGGGGAAAGCGGGAUAGUCCAAUUUUGCACAAAAAAUUAGAAAUUUCUUAAAAAUGUGGGAAAAUAAUUUAUUAAAAACGGAUAAUGAGUGCACGAAACUCAGUGAUCAGGGUUCCACCACUUCUUAUUAUGGCACAAUUCAUCAUUCCAUUUUAUUAUGACACAAUUCAUCACAAAUCUAUUCAUCACAGUUAUAACAUAACAUUUUUAAAUACAUUACCAAUUGCCAACACGUUUGGCUCAACAUAAAAAUAGUAUCAAAAACAUGUGGAACGAUAUAAACACACAUCUUUCAAGAAAUUAUUGAAUUAAAUGAAUCAACUGAUUCGUCACAAAACACCAUAAUCAAUAUAUUGAUUGCCAUUUCGGGCAACUACUCACCAUUAGAAAUUGAAUUUAUAUGUAGAAUUGAUUGAUUAGAAAAAAUAUUAUUUAUAUAAUGAAUAAUGCUGUGAGGAGUUUCUCAUGUGAUGAGCAGCGCUGUGAUGAAUUUUAGUGAUGAAACGUGCCGUAAUAUCACACAACUAAUAAGCAGAGGUGAUACCAGUGAUCAAGUGAUAGACUAAAGGUUUAAUGAGCUUUUCCAAUCGUUUUUGAGAUAUGAAAUAAAUAUGAAAUCUUAGUAUAGAACUUCUUCUAGGAAAUUUAUGAGAAUUUAUGGAUCAGAAUCCGUGUAAAAUGGUCGUAUCUCCGCUGAUCUUCCAGAUAUUGAUAAAAGAACUGUUGAAAACAAAAGCGGUAAUAUUAAUUUUUUUCAGUGGAAUUUUAGACCUCUAUAUACAUUAAUAACAAUUUUCAGUGUUUUUCGAAUUUUCAACUAUCCCAUUUUGCCCCGUGAACCAAAUGACGAUAAUCGAUUGCUCUAACAUGUGCAAAAUCAUGGUAUCCCAUUUUGCCCUACCCUCCCCUAGUGUCUUUCGUCCCCAAUUGUGAGGAAUUUCUCGAGGAGAUAAUUCAUUAUUCCCCUGCUGAAUGGAUCAGUUAAAUGGUUUAUUUCAGAUGAUUUUUCUCGAAUUAACAUUUUAGCUAUUAUUUUUGCAGUCUUCGCAGUGCGAAUUAAUCAGCAUUCGAUUGAAUAAAUCAGUAACUAAGGUUCAAUUUUAAGGGUUCUGCCUUUUAUUCUUCGGAUUUUUUCAUAUUUUUCACACUGUAAAUUGACAGAAUUGAAUUUUUGAAUUUGCAAUUUAAGGCGGAAGGGGAUGGACAAAUAUUCUUGUCUUUGGUUUUUGAUGGAUCUUACAAGUGUCUCCUUAAUUCUUCAAAUGGUACCACAAGUUACAUGUUCAUGAUACCAUAGACAGAAUAAUGCACGAUAGAUGUUUCCAAUUGUGGAAAAAUGCAAAAGUCCAUUGAGUUGUGCCAUUUACAUUCGGUUGUUAAUUGUUGUCAUAUUAAUUUAACAAAAACUCCAAAUGGAUGAAUAUUACAAUGAUGUUGAAAAAUGGUCUUGAAUGAUCACGUGGUGAAAGCCAUGUUUCCUGAAUUAUAAUCCUGUUGAUGAGCCCCAACUGGCGACACAACAAUGUCUGUAUAAUUUUAAUGGAAAUGUAAUGUUAAUGUAAUUCAGUGUAUAUUGAAAAAAAUGAAAUCAAUAUAAAUAAGAGAUGAAUAUUACUGUAUAAAUAUUUCUAAAUACACAAAAUGUAAUGAGCAGAUGCAGA